AUGCCCUUGGCGCUGAACUCCCCGAGCAGCCAGGCACCUGCCCAUGCACCUCCCCCUUCUCCCAAGCCCGAUCUGCGCGAUCGCGGCGGGGGCGAAGCCCGCGAGGCCGCUCAGACGCCCGUGAGUUCUGCUCGGGCGGAGCUUCCAGGAGGAGGAGGGGGAGGAGGAGGAGAGGGGGAGGAGGAGGAGGAGGAGGAGGAGGAGGAGGAGGAGGAGGAGGAGUGCGCAACAGUUCGACACGCGCAGAACCGGUGCCCCCACCGAGGGCGAUACAAUACCGGCUCACGGUCGCAACAAAAGAUCCUGGGGCAUCACUAG